AUGGUCGACUUGUACUCCCUGAACACCAGGCUCAGGGAGAAAGGGAUGGGCAUUCUGCAUCACCAUAUAUUGGCAUUUGAGCAGCAGGAUAGACAGGAGGAGGAGCUGGGGCAGGGACAGGAGGAGGGUGAUAGCCACCAAACCCUGGAGGAUGGGCAGGGGCAGGGGCAGGAGCAGGAGCAGGAGCAGGAGCAGGAGCAGGAGGAAAAUAGCCAAAGCCUGGAGCAGGUGGGGGUGGUGGAAAUCUCUGCACAGGGAUCUGAGCAUAAUUUAAAUUUCCUAGCAUAUGAGGAAUAUUCUGAAUAG